UAAAAAUAGCCAGUUUAUUUUGACUUCUAAAUUAAUCUGCUCUUCUUUUAGUACCAACUAAACUCAAUUAAUGAUGUAAAAAGUGAAUAUGUUUUCUUUAAAUAUUUCCAAUAUUUAUUAUUUAUGCUUGUUACUGGUAUUUGUUUUUACAUUUCAUUUCUCAAACUCGAAUAAUUUGCAAGGGGAACAGGUGGCAAGAUGGGCUGAUGAAAUAGGGGAUGAACUUUAUAGGCUUGGAAAGGCCAAUACGAAUUUUAGGGAAAUAACAGAGACCUACAAAUACCUAAACGCCAAAGUUGAGAUAAAAAAUCCUCAAGAAUUGUUGGAUGAGGUCAAGGAAAAUAUAGAGCGCAUGAUGGAUAGGAAAAUGGAUGCCAUAAGGUGCAUUCAACAAAAAGCCGAGGAAGUCUCUGAAACAUUUCAACACAACAAAACCUUUUAUAAAUAUUAUAGUUCAAAGUAUUCAAAAUCCGAUAACGUGCACAUAAAAUUUCCAAAAUCCAUAAGAACUAAUACCGCAAUGUAUUUGAACAUGUCGGUUAACAAUGACACGCAUUUCUACAAUUUACCAGUAAACACAAACCACAGCUCUGUCCAUGUGCCCACAAAUGUAUAUGAUAGAGAGGAUGACGCUGCUUUUGCGAUUCAGUGGUCAGAACAUUUAGAUGAAGUAUUUGUGAGAAAUUAUAAUUCAGACCCAGCGUUAUCCUGGCAAUAUUUCGGCUCGUCAUCCGGUAUAAUGAGGCAUUAUCCUGCGAAAAAAUGGGAGGAUUUAAAAAAGGAUCUGUUCGAUUGUAGAAAACGGACGUGGUACAUAGAAGCAGCUACUUGUACGAAGGAUGUGGUUAUCCUUAUAGAUAAUUCAGGCUCUAUGGAUGGUAUGGGAAGGCAUAUAGCGGCUUUAACGGCGUUUAGUAUCCUGGAUACUUUUUCCAAUAACGAUUACGUAAACAUAAUGAAUUAUUCCGAAACAACUAAUUACACUGUGCCUUGUUUUGAGAAUUUGUUGGUGCAAGCUACUAAGGAAAAUAUACGCGUUUUUAAGGACGCUAUAGAAUCCUUGGACCCACUUGGCAAAACCAGACUUAACCAAGCUUUGGAAAAAGCCUUUGAUCUACUAAAUUUUUACAGAGAUAAACGAAAUUGCAGCGACGGCAACAACACGGACUGCAAUCAGGCCAUAAUGAUUAUCACGGACGGCAUUCAAGCAAAUUUAAGUGAAAUUAUAAUGAAACACAACUAUUUGAACAACGGGACUAAUAUACCGGUGCGGUUAUUUACGUAUUUAAUAGGAAAAGAAGUGACCAACGUUCCUGAAAUAAAGUGGAUAGCAUGUGCAAAUCGCGGCUUUCACACUCACGUCCAAAGCUUGGAACAAGUAACAGCUUCAGUUUUAAAGUACAUCAAUGUUAUAGCUAGACCUUUAGUCCUACAGGAAAGUGAACAUCCUGUAUCAUGGACCCAUGCCUAUGCAGACACAACAUAUGCCGAUACGGAUCAAAAGGAUAACAACGAACCUUACAGAUUACUUACAGCCGCGGCCAUACCUUGUUUCGAUAGAAAAACCAACUUGCAGAAUGAUACGCGGACGGCUUAUUUACUGGGUGUAGCCGCGACUGAUGUGCCUAUAGAUGACUUUAAGAAACUUACAUUCCCAUAUAAGAUCGGGGUUAACGGUUACGCUUUCAUCGUAAGCAACAAUGGUUACGUUUUGAUGCAUCCAGAUUUGAGACCAGUUUUUCAAGGGAUGCUGAAAGAAAAUUACAACAGCGUAGAUUUAACGGAAGUGGAGCAGUUGGAUGAUGGCAAAGGAGCUAGAGAAAUCAGUGAUACAAUGCGUCGAUUGCGGGCGGCUUUGGUGAAUGGGGAAACAGGCAGCAUGCACAAUAUAACGCUCAAGUUUCACUACGAUAGAAUGAGGAGGGUUUCCAAGGAGACCUAUGAUUAUUACUUCUCCCCAUUGGAGGAUACACCAUUUUCGAUCGCCAUAGCUUUGCCCGAGAGAUACGGUAAUUACUCGUUGAAAGUCGACGAUAUUAUAAGUAAAAAGAAACAUACCGGAACCAGACUACCGGAGCUACUAACAGGAAAGUGGAAAAUUCACCCGAAAUGGGUGUACUGUCGGUAUCAUUAUCUUGAAGGGCACGAGUACGAAACGCCGGAAGAAGAGCUAAUUGACUUUCUUGGUAGGAUGUACGAAAGGGACUUCAAGUGGAACAGGCAGUACGAAGCCUUAUCGAUAAGCAAAAACGGGUCGUCAAAAAUCGAAAAAGAAGAUAGAUCCAAAGUGGAAUGCGGUCGAAAGACGUUGGACACCAACGAUUAUUACUGCGAUAGAAAGCUAGUGGAAAGACUUAUUUUCGACGCUGAAGCUACAAGAAAAUUCAUCGAAGGUUGGAAAGACAAUAAAGCUCCAGUGGAGUGGGACUUGAUCGACAAGUACAACGUCUCGCUACGUUUUGUCGCCACCAUGAGCGGUUUGACGCGAUGGGAUUAUAUCAAUGAGGAGGUAGAAAGAAACACUAAAAAAAAAUUCGGGGACGCGCACUCUUGGGCUAUAGAUGAAACUUGGUAUAAAAGCGCCAUUUUGCAAAGGCAAUACAACAAGGACGCCUUUGUGUAUUCCGUUCCGUUUGAGUCGUCAAAUGAUAAGGAUGUUUCUGUUACUGGUAGUUACGCGAUCUUUCCCUCAGAUGCCGGCAAUGAGGCGCCUGGUUCAGUGGUUGGUUAUCAGUUUUCUCAUUCGAAAUUAAAGAAGAGGGUUGCAGAGAUUUCUACCAAGUUAGCCAAUCUAUGUUCGGCCUGUGGAAGAUGCAAUACUACUAUGGAUUGUUACGUGGUGGACAGUAAUGGAUACGUUAUAGUUUCCUUGAAGGAAAAUGAGAAUGAUACUGGGAAGUUCUUUGGUGAAAUAGAAGGUGACGUUUUGCAAUCGAUGAUUGAAGAAAAAAUAUUUGAAGAAGUUAUUAUAUAUGAUCUUCAAGGGUGGUGUAAGAAUGAAAAUGCUUCUGGAAGUAAUGCCAACACCCUAUUAACACCUUUCAGGUACAUACAGCACAGUUUAAACUGGUUCUUUAUGAAAUUUAUGUUAUCUCUAAACAUAUACAACUGGUGGACUCCUUACUAUGUAUUUGCUGAAGAUGAGUUUGAUAUGUAUGAAGAUACUACCAAUACUACUGACGAAGCAAUGGGUGAUGAUGACGAUGAUGAUGACGACGACGACGACGAUGAUGACGACGAAGAAGAAGACUUGUAUUAUGCAUGCGAAAAAGAAAUUCGUUUAUACGUGUUACAACAACUGGCAACAAGUGGCGAUACAAAAAUUGUGGAAAACAAAAAUAAGAGGUCGUAUUUUGUGAAGGGGAUACCUUACAGCAGUUUAAUAUUUAUUGCUAUAAAUAAUACGUUUUUGGUGUCGGAUAAGAAAACGUACUCUACGGUACCACAAAUAAUGGAGAGUGAGAUAUUGUUGCCGUGUCAGAAAAAAGAUUUGAAUAAUUUGCCGCGAAGAAGAUUGGCUGGUUGUUUCAAUGAGCAUCCUUUGGAACACGAAAUCAAAGAGUGUGGUAAAGGAGCUGUAGUUAAAAUUCAUUAUGCCUUACUACUAAUCUGUUUGGUUUUAUUUUGUAUAUAAAUCGGUAAAACAAUGUAUAAAUGUAAAUAUUGUAGAGCGGGAAGAAAAAU